AUGUCCACAUACAGCGACAUCUCCAAGCCGCCCCCGCCACUCCCAGCCACAAACCUCAAAAGCAUCGGCUCCGGGGUGUCCUUGCUCGCCCCACUGAGUCGCCGAGGACAUGGUCCCGGAAUUAUCCUGCUGGUGUCGGACCACGAUGACCAACUGACAAUUGCUCAGGGCGUCCCUUCGCUGCUGGUCAAAUGGGCCGAGGAGGGGUACGCUGUCGUCGAGAUACAGCGCAGGGCCCUCGAAGGAGAUGCAGCCGCCGCCGUGUCGCUGGCCGUGGAUGGGCUGGCUGGGUGUGAAGGAUGCCAGCCCAAGGAUAAAAUAGGCGUCGUUGCAUACGAUCCUCACGCCUGGAACCUAUCUGCUGAAUCCCUCAACAGAGUCUCAGCCAUAGCAGCAGUCGCAAUCUAUACCGACAUGUCUCAGGAACAGCCACUCGCCACAACACCAGUGCCCACGAUCCACCAUGUCGCCGGCAAGCCCACCGCGCGUCCGGUUCGCUCCGAAGCGCUCACUGCAUACCACUACCCUGGAACCUGCAGCCACGGCUUUGCGACGCCCUUCCAGCCAAGCUGGAGCUACACGACAGAGGCCCUCUCGCACACGCGCAACCUGACGCUCCUCAAGCGGCACAUGGGCGGGCCCAACUUUGACCUCGAGCAGAUCUGGGACGAGCACUGCCACUACGAGUUUGUAGACAGGUCGGCCGAGCACACCAUGAGCACCAUGGUGCAGGAGCCGUAUGUCAAUCACGUGCCUGUGCUCACCGGUGGUGUGGGACGGGGACCCCUGACGAGCUUCUACCGCUCCCACUUCAUCUUCAGCAACGCCUCCGACGCCGAGCUGGAGCUGGUCAGCCGCUCCGUGGCCAUCGACCGCGUGAUUGACGAGUUCAUUUUCAAGUGCACCCACAACCUCGAGAUAGACUGGCUAGUCCCUGGCAUCCCGCCAACCGGCAAGAAGCUAGAGAUCCCCUUCACCGCCGUAGUCAACAUCCGCGGCGACAGGCUGUUCCAUGAACACAUCGCGUGGGAUCAGGGUACCGUGCUGCGCCAGCUCGGUCUGAUGCCAGAGUACCUGCCGUUCCCUUACCCGAUGCCCGACGGCCGGACUCCUGAGCCAGGGAAGCAGUUCGAGUACCGAGUGCCUGUGGCGGGAGUGGAGACGGCCAACAAGAUGAGGGAUCGGAACUCGGUGUCGUCGAAUGACAUGUUUGAGUUUAGGGUCCGUCAAGUGUAG